AGGUAAAUUUUCUUUUUUUUUUGUUCAAUUCUAUGUGUUUUAGUUGGUCAUUUAAGAAUGAGAAAAAUAAUAUUUGUACUGUUUUUCUAAAAAAAAACUUCAAUGUAGCACCAAUGUAGCCCUGUUGGUGGCAGCAGUGGCCCUCAGCUCAUUUGAGUUUGAGACCCCUGCUGUAAAAAGACAAGAGAAUGGAUUUAAGGAUUAGAGUCUGGCCAACAUCAGCUGUUCUACAAUAACAACAAUGCCACUGCGUGUUUUUCAACAUCUACUCCAUUUAAUCUGCAUGAAUUACUUUUUGUUUUAGCUCUUAAUUUUCACAGACCACAUUUUGAUGGUUAUGGCUCAUCAACAUUACAUUUUUUUGCGAGUAGGAAAUGUGUAACAUGCAAGCAGUGAGUGGCAUUUGCUUUAACAGUAUAACAUUUUUAAGUCUCUCUUUUUUAUUAUUAUUAUUAUUAUUUUAGGUUAGGGUUUUUUUGUGCCAAGUGUUUUGUUUAAGCUACACUGGAGAUAAAGUUGUUACAUCAAUAAAAUACAACCAUAUUCAUUGAAAACAAAAACAAAAAAUCUUUUGAGUUUGCUCUUCCCUGUGCUUGAACCUCAACUUAUAAAUGGUUUAUAUAGGGCUAUGACAUCCACUUAUAUUGUAAUAAGACACAUUAAAGAAUAAGAUUAUUCCCAUUUCUGAAGAACUCUAGUUUGGGACUAAUUAACUCUGAUAAAACACCGACAGUGCUACAGGCCUGGGGAGAACUGUCCUUAAUGCUCCUCUUGUCACAGUAAUUAAAUAAAACACAACGCCAUCUACCUUUCCAACUAAUUUAAUUUGCUUUCAUUGUAGUUAUGGUAUCAACAACAUCUACUGUUUCAAUCACUCCCUGAAAUGUUAUGCAUAGACCAGUCAGACUGUCUGAUGAUAUGAAAAAAAAAUGACAUUCACAGAAUGAGUCAGCGUUCAGCUCAGUGACCACACAGUGAUUUGUCACACUUUUUAUAUUGGUUGCCCUUCCUGUCAGGCCAAAAUGCUAUGAUUGUAACACCUGCACAACUUCUUUGACAUCAGACUUGGGUCCCCAGUUGGUCACACUGCUGAGUGACAGAUGUAUGAGAUUCAACGAUUUGCAAUUUUUUAAUCCUAGUUUUGUCAUCACUGUUCUCACUGAACAUGAACAUAUUCUUUUCAGAUUUUCAUUAGAAUGAGCAGAACCCAACAACUGACAAUUGAUUUUUCGCCUGUAUUGUAGUUUCUAUAUGUGGCCUAUUUAAUGGACUGGCCAGCUGUCUAUGUCCUAGAGUCUAGGCCAGGUGAUCCCAAAAUGUGCCGGGGGCCGGGUCAGAAGUAGCUUGAUGGAUCUUUUUGUGAACAAAUAUAAAUUAUAUGUAAAAGUUUUUCUACACCACCUAUUGAGAAAAUGCAGGCAUUGCAGGGAAAAGGCAAAAAUAUAAUGUUAAAAAUUAAUCAUUUCAUUAUGACAAGUUUGGCGGGCCAGAUUAAUAGGCUGAAGGGGCCACAUCCGGCCCUCGGGCCGUAGUUUGCUCAUGCCUGAUCUGGGCCAUAUACACUGCCCAAUGACUGGAGUGGGCUACAGCUGCCAUUCUAGUAGAGAUCCUGAAGCCUAAUGUGCGACAGUGGAAACGAUGACAGUCUCUGCUUUGGUUUUACUGCUUAAAAACAGAAGUCAAUGUGGAUGAAUCAGUUAGAUGAGUCAUUUUACAUAAUGUUAACUGUUACAUCGUUUAAAAAUGCAUCAUAAAGGAGGGAGUCAGAGAAAGUUAUUUUAAGAACGUGUACAUCAUGGAAUCACAUUUAAAUGAAGAGAAAGUGAGGAAAAGAGAGAGAGAGAGAGGGAGAAUAGCUUUGAGUAGAGAACAAGAACCUGAAACACGUGAACUGAAAACGCCUGGACGUGAGGAGGAGGAGAGGGAGGUGGAGGCGGAGGAGAAGUGAUAAACUAUUCACAGGGUACGUAUGACGUCUUACCAUUGUCUCUGUGUGUGUGUGUUCCUGCUACUCAUCUGCUGCUGUGAUGAUGCUGUGCAAUGUAGAUAAGAAGGGUGAGUGUGUAUGAGGGGAGAAUAAUGCUGUAUGAGGAGCAAACAAUGACCCGAACUACCACAGACCAAGGCCUGGUCUAAAGACCUUUAAUCUGGGUGACAUUAAGACAGAGUUGUUUUUCAUAUUUGUUUCAAUGACACCGGUAACUCCGCACGUUACCGCGGCACCUGCAACCCUCCAUACAACGUCUCUGGCGCGUCCUCUCCCUGCUUUCGUGUGGUACGAAUUGCGCCUCCUACAUGUGAGUGGGCUGCAAGUGAAAUGAGCCCUCCGUCAUCCUGCUCACUGAACGCACCGGAGGCUACUGCGGUAAGAUGCGACGGUACACGAUGCCUGAGCCGAAGCACAGGAGAUGAUGCGCAGUCACCGAACACGCGCAGGGCGAGAUGGAACUAAGAGCCACGUCUUUGUUCAGCUCUGACUGGGGCCGUGGGCCGGAGGAUUUGGCUGAUUAGUUUUUCUGUUUUGCUGGAGGCCGACUGUAAGACGACGACGAUGAUGAUGGUGAUGAUGAUGUUCGGAAGGAUGCUCCAGCUCUAGGGAGACUGUAAAAAAGGCUUCGUCUGUAAACAACGAGGAAGCGGAGCGACGUCAAGUGAAGGACAUUAUAACCUGACACACUGACGCAUUGGCUGAGGUUAUGAUGUGACAGCAGAGUUAGUCAACAGUGACCAGACACCCACUAAAUGAGAGGGUGUUGAAGUUCUAAGGACGUCACCACAAACAUCAGACUUAGAGGAAACAGACUCUUUUUUUUUUAACCGUGUUUAUCGCCAUUGCUAACGCCUGAAUUCUUCAUAAGGAGCAAUAAAGCACAGCGUUAGCUUGCUGACAACAGACAGCGAGUUUGUUUAUGUCACGAUGAACCACAUUCUGCGCUAACAGAAAAUGAUUUUAAUUACGCCUAGUGCAUGUCCUCUAAAUGACGAUAUGGUUCGUUUCACAUCGGCACGCUCCGGAAUAAAAUCAGAUUCCUGAUAGUGACAGUUAUUCCUCUUGUGGACAGGAUUUGAACUUGUCCUGACGGUCUUGUUGUUCAGCUGUAAGCACGGACAGACUGAUCAAACAUAGAUGAGGCCUACUGCAGAAGUCAUGAUUCAGCAGAAUAACAACAACAACUACCCCUGUCUGAAUGUGACAGGCUCCACCCAGGAGUGGCUUCAGAAGUGCUCCAGAGCCUCUCUGCCCUUCCCCAGCAGACUGGAGCUAGGCCUGGGAGACCUGCCACUCAUACGGGGCCUCAGAGCUUGGGCUCUAUUCUCCAAAAACCGCUGCAAGGCCAGUGGUCUCGUUGGAAGACCAGCCCCAGCAGCUCUUCCUGCAGGCCACGGCAGUUCAAUGUCCUGCCCCAGGCCUGCCGAUGUGUACCUGAGUGAGCAAUGGAGUCGCAUGGGAUACGGGCUGCCCCUGGGGCUGGAUGCCAGGCAGGCUGGGAUUGGAGCUUUAGUAACAGUUGCAACUUUGAAAACUUCAGAGGGAAGUGGGAAGACACAGACUCAGUGUCUCUUCCUUCGUACCGAGAAGGGCAGCUGUCUGUACUCAACGGCCAAGCCUAAACCAGGGCUGAGCACCGGCGGAGCCUCCAGGGGAGUAGGGGGAUGGCUGCGGGGGAAGACGGGGGACAGGAGCAGAGACAGCGGUGCAGGAAGGAGGGACAGUCUGACAGCAGCACAGUCUGGAGCAAACCGGGCACGGGUGCGAUCAGGCAGGAGAUGGAGGAAGUCGGACAACGCAGCAGGCCGUGAGAACGCAGGCUUGAGUAAAGACAGGCAACAAAGUAGCAGGAAGGGUCCUGCAGAAGAAAGACAGGAAGAGGAGGACAAAGGAGCGGACAGCUUGCAGCAGGAGAGAGUAUGCAAAAGUCCCAGGUGCUGCGACAGUGUUUGCCCUCAAAGCUGCAGACAGUGUGGAGAGAAUGCACAAUUAGGUGAGGGUGAAGGCAGAGGAGAAAGUGUUCCACGUGGACUAAACUGUCCUGGUGCACGUCAAACAGAGCAGAGGAAAACUGAGGAAGAGAAAGGAGACCCAUGUGAGUACCAGGGUUCUAAUUCUGUUUUGACUGAAUCAAGAUCUGACCUGGAAUUGAACUGUCUUCACCCACGGUCCCUGAGCGGCUCCAGCGCUGAAGAGACUGAAAUUGUCAACACCCUCAAGGAGACACAGAGCCCUCACACUGUGGACGACAGUCCAGGCAGAGAUAAGGACAGACACUGCGAGGUCAUGGAAGUACAUUCCAUAAAGAAUGAAUGCAUUAAUGUCCACUGUGGACCACAUGGUGACGAUUCCACAUCCAAAUGUAAAGAGGACAUUAAUGAAAGAACUGAAACUGAACAUUUUGACAAGGAAAUCCUGUCAAAUACUGAGGAGUUUUCUGAUGGAGAAGCAGAGAAUCUAAUGGAGAGAGUGAAAGCUGAGGAGGAGGAAGAGCAGAGCAGCUGGGAGAUACUUUCUAAUCCCUCAGAUGUGUCGAAAUGCCACGAGAACCUCAACACUGCUGUGUGUCCUGAGCCUCCUUCUCCUGCAGGGGGCAGCAUUCACCCUCCUGACCAUGAGGCCUGUUGGACGAAGACAGAAUUAGAAAACAGCUCAGAGGAGCAACCUAAGAUGGUAGAUUCUGGAACCAUGGGUGGUUUCAGAUUUGAUCCCGUGGAACCGAAGUACACGGUCACAGAGAGCAGCUCUCAGCUCGUCUUCAGCAACGAGGACAGAGACAGACAGGAGGAAGAGGAGAGAGUGGAGUCACCUUCAUCCUACAGACACAGAGACAGCUCCACCAGUCGGACGGUGACUAUAAAAAGUUGUUGCACAGUUGAGUCUCAGUGGAGAGACGGUGAUAAAAAUAAAGACCAGACACAAAUUGCUGAGGACGAGAAAUCCAGUGACGGAGAGAAAAGUCCAGGACACGUCAAAAAAACUGGCCGUGUUGAAUCGGAGGACAAUUUGAAUGAAUCAGUGAUAAACCGUUCACCUAAUGAGAACUCAGAGCCACAAACAGGAAGUGAUGUCGGUGGUUUCUACCCCUCAAACAUCAACCAUGUAGGAGAAAAAAUAGAGAGCACUUCUGACCCCUCCACCACCACCUGUGCUGGAACCUCCACCUCCCAUUCACCCUCCCAGGCUAAGCCCGACCCCUCUCUGCCUUCCUUGGGAUUAUUGGCAUCCGGCAUUCCCUGUCUGAAGCAGGAGGAGGAGGACAACGAGGAAGAAGGACAAGGAAUGCUGGUAGAUUUUGACAGUCAGGAAAGAAAGAGAACAUCCAGGAGAGAACUGGAGAACCAGGGAACCAGGGCGAGACCGGACGAUGUGGUCACUACAUCCAGGAGUGAAGAGGAGGCAGCAGAGGAGGAGGAAGAUGAGUUUGGAGUGUUCAUGCAGGCUGACGGAGAGCCGGUGUGGAGCAGUGGGGAGUCUGUGUCUGCUUCAGUGCCUUGUGGGAGCAGAGGCGGAGCUGUUCCAGAAAGCAACACAGUCACUGCAGAGACCACAUGGACCUGUGGCUGGUCAGACAGCUCAUUCCACCAAUCAGACGACACUUGGACAGCCUUUCCUCAGGAGGCGUCAAAUAACAGUGGAGGCUUCGUGGGACAGUGGUGGCCGACCUGUGCUGUGGAAGAAAGACGGAACGCGCCUUUGACCAAUCAGAAACUGACCUGUGUCUUGGCUGAGGCCUUCCCUUCAUUGACAGACUCUUGUAGCACCAACACCGUCCCCACUCUGACCCAGCUUCUGAGGGGUGGAGCCAACCAGGACCAGGGGCUGUUGGACAGAUUUCAUGACCUGAACAAAAUGAUUGACCAGAGGUAUAAGAGAGCCAGUGGCGUGUCCCGUGAGCUGCUCCUGACGACUCUACAGCUGGAGCAGCCUCACUCUGAGAGUAGGCCUCGUCCCUGGACAACUAACCACCGUCUCUCCCCCGGCCCACCCUCUGCCAAUCGUCACACGCAGCACGCUGCUGCCAAACGGCGACUGUCGUGUGACUACAACAAAAGCAACGUUGGAGUAACUCUGUGAUUGACUUGAUGAACUGUAAGUCUGAGGUGGGACUGUUUGGACCAGAUCCAAGGGUUUCUCUGGAUUCUGUUUUAUCUUCUGUUCACACUCGGCCAUAGAGACGUCACAGUGAGUGGAGAAACACCGACACCUCGGUUCUCGAGCACUCAUGGAGUGAUCUCAUCAUACACGUGCCACAUGUUCAUCUCCAAUGGCCUGUUGUGAUAUGUAUUAUCAAUAACCAGAGCAGCAGGCUGAUGACCUGUUGGCAGAUCAGUCGGUGGAGUGGAAGUUGUCCUCGUCUUUCCGUCAUGCUUCAUUUUGUUUAAAAAUUGUAUUUUUAAAAAAAAUAUUGUGAACAAGAAGAAUGUAAAUGAAGUUGUUAGAUUGACAUUCGCAGAUCUGGGCAGAUUUCCAUUGAUCCAUCAAAAAGCAGGGUGGUUUGUGAAUCUUAGUCACGCUACAGGGUUAAUCAGCAAAGUCGUUAGAGAAGAGGCUGAUGGAGCUGUCAUGUAUUAAAACACUAGUAGAACUAGUAGAAUUAGCGCUAACACGCUAGCUCUGUUAAUAUUGAAAAAUAAACAAGAAACACAGAACCAGCUGCUCUGGGAGCUUAUCGUUGACAAUGAUAUUCUCCAGUUACCAUUUUCAGACAUUUUCCUGAUAAAUUGAAGUCAAACGUGUCAGGAUGAUCCAAACUGUUCAUGGUGAGUCAACCGUGCAGCUGCUGAAAAAAGUCACUUGGUUAUUUAUGACCAGAUGUAUUCAAGAAUUUGAAUUGCUAGCACAUUUGCUAACUGGUUUAUUUGUACUUUACCUUUUUUUUUGCAGGUAACAGCAUUAGUGAAGAAUAGCUUGAGGCCUCCAAUGGGAGGAUGUGUAAUUUUAGAGCUGCUCUGAGGUCUGUUUACACACUUAGAUUACCAGUUAUUUGCUGUAUCAAUAUUGCACCACCAUCGCCCCUGGACUUUUUAAAUCUUUAACAUAAAAAGUGGCUGCGGAUGAACUUCACAUGAUGUUAUAUAAACCCAUCUGUUUAGCUACAGAGAGAGAGAGAGAGAGAGAGAGAGAGAGAGAGGAGGUGACACGAAGUUCCAUGUUUUCGUUGUCCUCAUUCACAGCGUUGGUUAUCCUGUCACACAUUCCUGUCUUGGGGAUUAGAAAAUGUCAGAUCAGCCAACUACAAUUGUUAAUAAUAAACAUAUGGAUGAUCGUGUUGGGGAAGAAAGUUUGGCCGCGAUGACGUGUUCCCAUUUUGUCAUAGUGAUGCAUGUGCUUUCACACUGUAAUACAGAAAGAAAACAAACAAACACGGACAAAAGCCAAUGACUGACAUCCAUCAUUGAGAUAUAUCUGCUGUGGUUCUCUAGAGGAACCGAGCUCGUCUUCCAGUUCAGUGCCAACAAAAACAUCAGUGCCAAUAUUUCCAGAGAAAGGACAGGAGAAAACUCUGGUACUUGUUGUUUAUUUUAUGUCGUCUCGCUGACGUCCUGUGGACUGACUGUCCCGUCAUGUGACGCAGCUCUGUUUUGCAGCCCAGUUCACCUCUCGGCCUAAACACAGAUACAGCUGCAAAUCAGUUCUUCAGAUGUCACUGCUCCUUUCUCCUCGUACAAAAAUGAUUUAUUUAGCAUUUGGUCGUUUGUUUCACUCGUCAACUACCGGUGAAAUCCAGAAACCAAUCUUUCGUUCAAGUGUGUCCAGGUGUGUUAGUCUGUAAUUUGUAGAUGAUAGACAUUUCCGGGAAAAAAAAGAUAAAGAUGAAUAUUUUCUGAUCGGUUUAAAUGAGUAAAAGAGGAGUAUGCCUUGGUAACUGAUGUAAUAAAAUUCUACCACAUAA